AUGUCGGCACCCGACCGCGCCCGUCGUCGCCGGCAGAGCAAGGCCUGCACGCGCUGUCGGAAGAGGAAGAUUCGGUGUGACUUCAACUUCCCUGCUUGCGGCGCCUGCGUCUCUGCCUCUGCCCCCUGUGUCGGCUUCGACUCGAUCCAUGGCGUGGAGAAGCCGCGCAGUGUCAUCUCGCACCUCGAGGAAGAGGUCGAGCGGCUGGAAAAGGAGCUGCAAGAGACGAAGCGGGACCAAGAAGUGGCCCUGCCUGGCGACCAGACAGCCGACCGCGCCGCCCAGGCGAAGGAAGUGGUGGACCGAAUGACGACUCGACUGGCGACGGCGACAGUCUCGCCCGUCUCGCCCGUCACUGCCACCGCUUCCAUGUCCAUGCUCCCCCUCACGUCCAGCGUCUUUUUUGUCGGCUCGCCCGCACCGCACCUUCACAAAUCGAGUGCCUGGGACGAGACGAGGGGCCCGGCGGCGACCCUGUCGACGGCAACGGCAACGGCGCCGGCACCGACUCCCUUGAUGUCGCCGUCCCCUUCGUCCACGUCGUCGGCCGUCCCCAUCUCCUCGAUCCCCCGCCACGUCGCCGUCAUCAUGCUCAAGCACUACUGUGAAAUCUACCGGCCGCAGUAUCCAGCCGUCGAGGAGCAGGACCUGCUGCAGGCCUUUGACCGAGUCUACGACAAGAGCCCGGCCAAGGGCGCGGCCACCGACUUUGACGUCUUUUGUGUCCACAUCACGCUGGCCAUCAGCACCACUACGCUCAUGUACCGCGACGCCGGCCGUGCCGCGACCGCCACCGCCGGCUUCUGGGCCACGGCCGUCGCGCAUCUGGACGCGCUGGACCGUGACUCGAACGCAACGACGCAGCCCUGGCAGCGCGUCCAGGCCCUCCAGCUGCUGGCCCACUAUGGCUUUCUCAACCCCAAGGACGUUGACUGUGUGCGGUGCACCGCGGCAGCGCUGCGGCUGUGUGUGCAGCUGGGCCUGCACCACGAGCUGCCGCACGAGGACCGCCAGCACGUGUCCCCGGCGCAACUCGACAUCCGCCGGCGCCUCUUUUGGCACUCGCUCUCGCUCGACCUGGCGGCCAACAGCACGCGCGGCCGACCGGGGAGCAUGGCCGGGGACGCGUUUACGGCCAAGAUGCCUGCCCUGGGCGCGACAUCGCCUACGGCACACAUCUGGGCACUCCGCCAGAUGGAGGGCGAGAUCUUGGCGAGGCUCUACUAUUCGGGUUGGCCGUCGUCGUCGUUGGACGACGUUGACACCUGGCAUGCCGACAUCCGCGCCCGCCUUUCCGCCUGGCACCAAGCCACCCGCCAGAGCGUCGCCCUCGCCGAGACGCUGGAGUUUGCCGAUAUUUUAUUCCACAUGCAGCGGCUGCGGCUGAGCCGACCGUCGCCGCGGCGGCCGUGCCCUUCGCCCGCCCUGCAGAGCGAGUGCCUGGCCGCGUCUGUGGCGGUGCUGCGCGCGUUUGACGUGAUUGCGCGACUGGGGAAGCUGUUUUACAUUUGGCAUGCGGCGCACUGUGUGGUGGAAGCAGCGAUUUGUUUGUGUGCGGUUGUUUUAGCGAGUGAACCGGCAAGCGCAGCGAGGGCAUCAACAGUGACUUUGUCCACAGACACGGACGUAGUCAAGAAAGACGACGUGCCCAUCUUGACGCGCCAUCUCAAGACGUUCCCCGGCAUUCUGUGGAAGGUUGCGCGACGAUGGCCGGCCAUUACACACCACGCGGCCGCCCUCGAGGCCAUAUCCCAAGCCGUCGUCGACAGACUGCAGCGGCAGUGGGUGACCCAUACCACGCCAGAGGCCGACGCGGCCGAGACGGCUGCUGCUCUCAAACAAAAACUCAAAGACAUGUCACUGUUUUCUCCGUUUCCGGAAGACGCCUCUACUGCUGCCGUCGAAGCAAUUACAGACACGCCGCCCUCUGUCUCGACCUCGACAGACGUCAACAUGACUGCGCCCUUUGACGCCAACUGGUCCUUGCCACCACUGUCGCCGGGCCAAAUGCUGCCUGUACAGUCCCUGUCUACUGUGUCGGUUUCAUCCAAUACAGCAGUUGACCCCGGCAGCAACGCCGCCACCAUGGACGACGACAGCAUCCUUGACUGGGACUUUGCAGGCGUCGGUUUUGAAGAGAUCUUUGCCGCUCUGAUCCAGGCCAACCAGACAGAAGACGGAGAGGCUGCAGCAACGACGACGACGACAGCGAUGAGUGCAGAGCCAAACGACAUGCUCACCUAG